AACACUUGUCUCUCGUUCACAUAAGUUAAUAUCGUCAUGAACACGAAGCUCCUCGUCGCAUUGGUCUUCGCUGCCGCUACCACGGCUGCCCCCGCGCCCGUCCAGAAGCGCGACGCCGGUCUCGGUGGUCUCCUCCAGGGCCUCGGCCUCGGCAACCUCCUUGGUGGCCCGUCUCCGGCUGGCUCUGCGGGCGCCAUCGACUCCUCGUCGGUCGUCCCCACCGGCACCGACGUCCCCACGUCGGUCGCCUCGUCGGUUGUCCCCACUGGCACUGGCGUCUCGUCCGUCGUCUCGUCCGUCGUCCCCACUGGCACCGACAGCGCUUCGUCCGUCAUUCCCACCGGCACUGGCGUUUCGUCGGUCGUUUCGUCGGUCGUCCCGACUGGCUCUUCGUCCGUUGUGUCGUCGGUCGUCCCCACCGGCUCGUCCUCCGUCAUUUCCUCCGUUGUCCCGACUGGCUCGUCCUCCGUCGUGUCGUCGGUCGUCCCCACCGGCACUGGUGUCUCGUCCGUUGUCCCCACCGGCUCGAGCUCUUCCCUCCUCCCCACGCCCACGGGCAACGGCACGCACCCGCACCAUCCUCACCACCCCCAUCACCCCCACCACCCCUGGGGCCCCGGCGGCGGUAACGGCACCGCCCCUGGCGGCAACAGCACCUCUGGCGCUGGCCCCACGCCCGACGCUGGUGCUCUCGUAGCCAAGCUCCCCGGCUCCGAGGGCGCCGCCGCGCCCCCUCCUGGCGGCAACAGCUCGGUGGUGCCCACCGGUACCGGCUCCGUGUCCAUCACGUGGCCCACGACUGGCAGCGGCAAUGGCUCCUCGUGGCACCACCACCACUCGCACACCUGGACGCCCGGCGGCGGCAACGGCACGACCGUGAGCGUACCCACUGGCUGGCCCACGUCCGUGUCUGUGCCCACCGGUUGGCCCACGUCCGUCUCUGUGCCCACUGGCUGGCCCACGUCCGUGUCAGUCCCCACCGGCGUCCCCACCUCGGUGUCCGUCCCCUCAUCCAGCGCGCCCGCCACGGGCUCGUCCACCGGCACUGACGUCCCGACGUCUGUGUCUGGCUCCGCCACUGGCACGAGCGUCCCCACGUCCGUCUCUGGCUCUGCCACCGGCACCGACGUCCCUACGUCGACCGGCUCCGCCACGGGCUCGGCCACCGCCACGGGCACCGCCACGGGCACCGCCACGGGCACCGACUCCGCCUGA